AUGCCAACGACGUUGCUUCGAUAUAUUCUGAUUUGUUGUUGCGCGGCAUUUUUGAUCUACCAUCUUCUGAUAUCGACCACGGUUUUCGGCAAAUUUCAAGUGCUGCAUUCAACGAAUGAGACGAAUGCGACAAUUGCCGACGGCAAUGCCACCAGUGAAGAACUCCCACUUUUGCCGUCUUUUAUCAAUUAUUGGGCCAACUAUUUCGUUCUUCCCAAUCAGAACCUAACCGCUUGCAUCAUCGCCAAAUCGAUGUCGCAAUUGACCACCAACGUCAUGUGCUAUCUAUACGACAGCGAGGCGUUCCUGAAGAACAACCAAUCGUUCGCCGAUGUGCCUCAACUCGUCUCAACGAGUUGCGGUCGCGAUUAUAUAUUCCGCACGUUUGAAGCCGAUCAGAAGCUCGACGCAUUCAUGCGGCGAAUUGUGUUCAUUCGCGAUCCGUUCGAUCGAUUCAUCUCGUUCUACCUCAACAAAUGUGAACACGAGAAACAUUGCUGGAAUUGCAACGCCGAUAUGCGGUGUGUGGCGCGCACCGCCUACGAGAAGCUGAGCGCCAUCGCCAACAGCGACGUGCUGCCGGUGCCGACCUACGAGGAAUUCCACGCGGCGCCAAUGUCAUGGAAUUGCGAGUUUCAUCGGGACCUCGACAAAUUCGAAAAAGUCCUCAUCGGUCCGACGAUCGAGGAACGAGCGCCGGCGAUCGCGAAAUUCGUCGACGUUCUCAAACAGCAAAAUGUUUCCGACGACAAAAUCGAGUUUAUCAAGAAGAAUGCAUUGGCUUCUGAGACGAUUCAUGGCACUUACAAAUCGCCGGUGAGAAGACAGGCUGAAGAGCAGGUCAAAAAUGAUCCGAUUGUCCGCAAAUAUUUGCAUUUGAUGUAUCUGAAGGAUUACGAGAUAUUCAAGCUGGAUCGCACACCGCUCGAUCUUAAAUAUCGUUGA